CUUAGCAAAAUUAAAAGCAAACUCCUCCGAAUGUUGCUAAUGCGUCCACGGGGGAGUAGGAAAGCAGAGAGUUUGGAUGCCAGAACGACUUGGAUUGGCUGAGGACAUUCAGAAUGGUACAACCCUGUGCAUAGAGCACUAUAAACACAGGAAUGAGGCAGAAGGAAUGAAACUUUGGGGCUUUUGUUUGCUUCUUGGGAGAAACGGCAACAGCAGCAGGUGGAUUGUAGUCCUUGGAAGGAGAGAAACCACACAUCAUCUUCUCUCCUGAUCUGCCCUCCAAACAGAUCUACCUCUCUGGAAGUCUCCUAAGAAAAUGUGGAUUCCCUUCCUCCUCAGCUGCCUGGGCUACACCUUGGGGAUAAAGGCACAACUGAUGUACCUGAUCACCCUUCCAGCUGAACUGUCCUUCCCCUCUUCCCAGAGAGUGUGUUUGGAUCUCCGUGGCGUGGACAAUAGUAUUCAUGUGGUCUUAACACUUGUACAUGGAUCUGGCAACCUCAGCCUCUACAACAAGGUUGUCCGGAACAAUUGGAUCUUUGAGUGCUCCAGAUUUCAGGUCCCCAAACCUGCAGGCAGUCAAGAGGUGGGCACUGUCCAGAUGCACAUCUCCAACGGCCAGUAUUUCAGUACAAAGGAAGAAAAGCAAGUCCUGAUCCGUAGGGCUGGCACUGGCACCUUCAUCCAGAUAGAAAAACCUGUCUAUAAGCCGGGACAGACAGUGAAAUUCCGGAUAGUGACGCUGACUGAAGACUUUGUUCCCGUUAACAACAAGUACUCCAAGGUGGAAGUCCAGGACCCACAUGGAAACCGCAUUGGCCAAUGGCUGGAUGUGAGACCAAAACAGGGCAUUGCAGAUCUCACUUUCCAGUUAGCUUCUGAAGUCUCUGUGGGGACUUACAAAAUCAACAUAGUGAACCCCAAAGCAUCCAGUACAUUUAGGGUGGAGGAACGUGUGUUGCAAAAGUUUGAUGUUUUCUUCGAAGGACCAGCUCAGAUUUAUGCUUCAGAUAAAACUUUCCUUCUGAGGGUGUGUGGCAGGUACAGUUAUGGGAAAGCAGUGAAAGGAACCAUGUGGGUGACCUUGUGCCAGAAGGCAAAGAGGUGUCCUCAAGAUGCCAGCAGAGAUAUCUGUAGAGAAUACAGCGGUCUGACAGCAAGCAAGGGGUGCUUCACGUCUUCAGUAAGCACAGCUGUGUUUAAUAUGUCUCCCAGUGAGGAUGACAGCAAAAUCUAUGCAGAAGCUUCUCUCCUGGAGGAAGGCACAGGAGUCCAAGUCAACACAUCGAGCCAAAUUGUCAUUUCCAGGACAGCUGCAAGGGUAGUGUUUGAGACACCAAAUGCUUACUAUACCCCUGGAGUACCCUUCGAGGGGAAGAUUAAGCUUCAGGACCACUAUGGAAAUAGUAUGAAAAACAGAAAAGUUAAUCUCAUUGUAAGGUUUAUGAAGCGUCAGCUUAUCAAAACAUAUAUCACGGAUGACAGUGGAAGAGCAUCGUUCAACCUGGACACAACUGCCUGGAACAGCUCCUCAGUCUCUUUGGAGGGAAGGUUCACACUGGAGAAUGUCAAGCAAAAACCUUGGAAAACUAGUAUCAGUUACACAAAUGCUUACCAUCACCUGCAGCCCUUCCAUGUCACAACCAGGAGCUUCCUGAAAAUACACUCACUCACAGGGAAGUUACCUUGUGGGCUGAAGCAGAGUGUCCAGGUGACCUUCACACUCAGUAGGGCUGAUGUGGGAGACAACACCAACCGCAUAGAUUUUGCAUAUUAUGUCACUGGGAAGGCUGGAAUUGUCAACAGGGGUCGGAGGAGUGUCCAGGUUGGAAAGCUGAACAUGCUGAAAGGUUCCUUCUUUAUCCCACUGACCUUCACUGCUGACUUCACCCCUUCACCCUGCUUAGUGGUAUAUACUAUCUUCCCCAAUGGAGGAGUGACAGCUGAUAGCACCUGUUUUGAUGUUGCCUUGUGCUUUGAAAACCAGGUCAAGGUUGAUUUCCCAACUAAAGAAAGCUAUGCAGGGUCAAUAGUGCAGCUCCAACUUCAGGCAGCCCCUGGCUCCAUGUGUGCAGUACAGGCAGUAGAUGAAAACAUGUUCCUCAUAAGACCAGAGAGUGAGCUGACAAGUGAAAAGGUGUACGGCUUGUUCCCUGCUAUCUACAGACAUGGAUACCCUGCCCAAGUAGAAGAGCAUUCAGAUCACUGUAUUCAACCCCAGUUCAUGUCAUCUGGGCUCCAAGGAAAACCACAGCAUCCCUUUCAGCCUGAUAUUUUCAACAUUUUCUGGAACAUGGGUCUGAAAGUCUUCUCAAACCUUGUUAUCAAGAAGCCAACACAGUGCACUCAGCGGACAGAGAGGAAGCCAAUCAUGGGGGUACCUUCUAUGGAAGAUCAAAGAAUUACUAAGGAACAACCCCAAUUUACAACCCAAGGAAGAUUUCACAACUCUUUGUCUGAAACUUGGAUCUGGAAUCUCUUUUUUGUUGGCUCCAAUGGCAGCAGGAGUGUUCCAGUAAAGGUACCUGAUGCUGUUACCAAGUGGAAAGUCAAGAUGUUCUGUUUGUCUGGGAGGACAUUUGGCCUUGCUCCAACCAUGAGUCUCAGAACAAUCCAGCCUGUCUUUGUAGAUGUGACAUUGCCAUAUUCUGUGAUCCGAGGAGAGACCUUCAUGCUGAAGGCUACUGUCUUCAACUACCUGCAGCAAUGCCUACAGAUACACGUAGCCCUAGGGAAAUCGCUGGACUUCCAGGUGGAGAGAUGCCAGACCUGCAGGGACAGAGAGUGCUUGUGUGUGGAAGAGUCCAAGACCUUCACGUGGAAUGUGACAGCAACCCAGCUGGGGACUCUGAAUAUCACAAUCAGGACUGAAGUACUGGACACAACACCACGCUGUGGGGGCAGGAAGCCCUUGCCAGCUACCAUGAGGCGGACCCAUGCUCUGAUCAAACACUUGCUGGUUCGGCCAGAAGGUGUGCUAGUGGAGAAGUCUCACAACUCCCUUUUGUGCCCAAGAGGAGGAAACAUGGCUGAAGAACCUAUGCUGAUUCACCUUCCUGAUAAUGCAGUAGAAGGAUCUGCCAGUGCGUCAGUUUCCAUUUCAGGUGACCUCAUGGGGCUGGCACUACAGAACCUGGACCGCCUGGUGCAGAUGCCCCAUGGCUGUGGAGAGCAGAAUAUGGUGCUGUUUACUCCCAUUGUCUAUGUGCUGCAGUAUCUGGAAAAGACAAGGCAGCUGACCCCUGUGAUCAAGGAGAGGGCAACCGGAUUAUUGCACAAUGCCUACCAGACACAGCUUCUUUAUAAGCGUAGAGAUGGAUCCUACAGUGUCUUUGGGCAGCAGGAUGGGGAAGGGAAUACUUGGCUGACAGCUUUUGUAGCCAAGAGUUUUGGCCAAGGCAAGAAAUAUAUCUAUAUAGAUGACAAGAAUAUCCAGGAUGCCCUACGCUGGCUGGAGCAAAACCAGCUCCCCAGUGGCUGCUUUGCCACCAAAGGAAAUCUCUUUCAUUCCUCUCUGAAGGGCAGCUUGGAUGAUGAAAUCUCCUUGGGGGCGUAUAUUGCUGCAGCAUUGCUGGAGCUGGGUGAGCCACUGAAGGGCAAGUUAAUGCAGGCUACCUUCAGCUGCCUACACCACUCAGUUCACAACAUUACCAAUACAUACACAAGAGCUGUGCUGGCCUAUGCUUUUGCCCUGGCUGGAGACUAUGAGAAAACCCAGGAGCUGCUGAACAAGCUGGAGGAACAAGCCAUCAAAUCAGGAGGACAAAUACACUGGAGUCCCAAAACGAGCUCUCCAGCUUCCACAGACUUCUGGCAUAGUACUCAGUCAGUGGAUGUAGAACUGACAGCCUAUGUACUCCUGGCAUACCUCUCCAAGCCAAGACUGCAAGCAAGGGAUAUGACAACUGCAGCUGGUAUUGUGGCGUGGCUGACCCAGCAGCAGAAUGCCUAUGGAGGCUUUGCAUCCACUCAGGACACAGUUGUUGCUCUGCAAGCCUUAGCAAAAUAUGCAUCAAGGAUGUUCAGCACAUCAGGCCAAGCUCUUGUGAAGAUGAAGUCACAGAGGGAUUUUGGAAAGACAUUCCAAAUCACUCGUCAGAAACGGCUCCUUGUGCAGCAUGCAGAACUGACAGAGAUCCCAGGGCAGUUUUUGGUGCAAGUCCAAGGCAGAAGCUGUGUGUUUGCUCAGAUGGUGCUGAGGUACCAUGAGCCAACUCCACAGACCACCAAAACCUUUAGUUUGCGUGUCAACACAAAGCUGGCCAACUGUAGCCAGGCCAAUAUGCAUUUCCUCACCGUCCACAUUCUUUCCAGCUACACUGGCAGCAGAGUCACAUCCAACAUGGUGAUCAUGGAAGUCUCCUUGUUGUCUGGAUUUGUCCUGGCUUCAGGAUCUAGGAUGUUGCUGGAGCGCAAAUCCAUCAUUAAGAAAGUAGAAGUGAAAGCUGAUGUCAUCUACAUUUAUCUGGACAAGCUCAGUGAUAAGUCUCAGACUUUUAUUCUACAACUGGAACAAAUGAUUAAGGUGAAGAACUUGAAACCAACCAUCAUCAAAAUCUAUGAUUACUACCAGCCAGAGGAGCGAGCCUUGGCUGUCUACAGUGCUGUCUGUAGCUGAGUAGCUAUUAGCAGGAAUGACAAGAGGACUGAUGGUCACAGCGACUGCAGAGAUUGCCUGUUCCUGUGGAGACAACAAAGGACAAAAAGCCUGUUUUCCUGAAAUAUUAAAACCAACCACUAGGAA